UGCGCUGCGGCCCCGUCUCACCAGCAGCAGCGAAGGAGUUUGGAAGUUCAAAAUGGCCGCCGCGGUGGAGUCUGUGCUGCGGGAGCCCGAAAUUGAAGAUGCUGAUAUUUCUGAGAGAAGUGUCAAUGAAGAAAAUGGUGAAAUAUCAGAAGGAGAACAACCUCAGAAUAAGCACAGCCGACACAAAAAAAAGAAACACAAACACCGAAGUAAACACAAGAAACACAAACAUUCUUCAGAAGAAGACAAGGACAAAAAACAUAAACACAGGCACAAACAUAAGAAACAUAAACGGAAAGAGGUUGUUGAUGCCUCCGACAAAGAAGAUGGACCAGCAAAAAGAACUAAAAUUGAUUUCUUAGCUCCUCUAGAAGAUUUGGAGAAACAAAGAGCAUUAUUAAAAGCUGAACUUGAGAAUGAGUUAAUGGAAGGAAAAGUUCAAUCUGGGAUGGGGUUAAUAUUACAAGGUUAUGAGUCAGGUUCGGAAGAAGAGGGAGAAAUCAAUGAAAAGGUGCGAAAUGGCAAUAGGUCUUCAACUAAAUCAUCAAACACUAAGGGGAAACUAGAGCUUGUGGACAAUAAAACAAGUUCUAAAAAAGCAAGUAAGAAUGAAUCAAAAGAACGGACUAGGCACAGAUCUGAUAAAAAGAAAAGCAAGAUAGGAAUUGACGGAGUGAAAGAGAAAACAACUAGAAGCAAAUCAAAAGAGAGGAGAAAAUCAAAAAGCCCAUCUAAAAGAACUAAAUCUCAAGAUCAAACAAGGAAAUCAAAGUCUCCGACCCUUAAAAGGCGGUCUCAAGAGAAAAAUAGAAAGUCUAAGUCUCCUCCGGAGGAUAAGAAUAAAGCAGAUGAUAAGAGUAAAGCAAGAGAUCGCAGAAGGUCUCCAGUUGUAAAUGAAAGCAAAAGUCGAGAUCGUGGCAAAAAAUCCAAAUCUCCAAUAGAACUAAGAAGCAAAUCCAAAGACAGAAGGUCACGAUCAAAAGACAGGAAAUCAAGGAGAUCGGAGACUGACAAAGAGAAGAAGCAAAUUAAAUCUCCUUCAAAAGAUGCUUCUUCAGGAAAAGAAAACAGGUCUCCUAGUAGAAGACCUGGCCGCAGCCCUAAAGGAAGAAGCCUAUCUCCAAAACGUGAUAAAUUACGAAGAAGCAGAUCUCCUCUUCUUAAUGAUCGCAGAUCAAAACAGAGUAAAUCACCCUCUCGAACUCAGUCUCCUGGUAGAAGAGCAAAGAGCAGAUCAGCAGAAAGGAAACGAAGAGAACCAGAAAGGAGGCGUCUUUCUUCUCCCAGAACCCGACCUAGAGAUGAUAUUCUCUCUAGACGGGAGAGAUCAAAAGAAGCCAGCCCACUCAGAUGGUCACCAUCCAGAAGAAGAUCUAGGUCUCCAAUCCGAAGGAGAUCUCGUUCACCACUCCGACGUAGCCGGUCUCCAAGAAGGAGAAGCAGGUCUCCUCGGAGGAGGGAUAGAGGUCGGAGGAGUAGAUCUCGGCUUAGGAGGAGGUCUAGGUCACGGGGUGGUCGUAGACGUAGGAGUAGAAGCAAAGUUAAGGAAGAUAAAUUUAAAGGAAGUCUUUCUGAAGGCAUGAAAGCUGAGCAGGAUUCCUCAUCAGAUGAGAACCUUGAAGACUUUGAUGUAGAAGAAGAAGAUGAAGAAGCUCUGAUAGAGCAGAGAAGAUUACAGAGACAAGCAAUUGUUCAGAAAUACAAGUACCUGACUGAAGACAGUAACAUGUCUGUGCCAUCUGAACCAAGCAGUCCUCAGAGCAGCACACGUAGUCGUUCAAAUUCGCCAGAUGACAUUCUAGAACGUGUAGCUGCUGAUGUUAAAGAGUAUGAACGGGAAAAUGUUGAUACAUUUGAGGCCUCUGUAAAAGCCAAACACAACCUCAUGACAGUUGAACAAAAUAAUGGCUCAGCUCAGAAGAAGCUAUUAGCUCCUGACAUGUUCACAGAAUCGGAUGAUAUGUUUGCUGCAUACUUUGAUAGUGCUCGUCUUAGGGCUGCUGGCUUUGGAAAAGACUUCAAAGAAAACCCCAAUCUCAGGGAUAACUGGACUGAUGCAGAAGGCUAUUAUCGUGUUAACAUAGGUGAAGUUCUAGAUAAACGUUACAAUGUUUAUGGUUACACUGGCCAGGGAGUUUUCAGUAACGUAGUGCGAGCCAGAGAUAUGGCCAGAGCAAACCAAGAAGUGGCAGUCAAAAUAAUCAGGAACAAUGAACUUAUGCAAAAAACUGGUCUCAAAGAACUGGAAUUUUUGAAGAAGCUCAAUGAUGCAGAUCCUGAUGACAAAUUUCAUUGUCUGCGAUUGUUCAGACAUUUUUAUCACAAACAGCACCUCUGUCUGGUAUUUGAACCACUCAGUAUGAAUUUACGAGAGGUACUGAAAAAGUAUGGAAAGGAUGUCGGUCUCCACAUUAAAGCUGUACGGUCCUACAGCCAGCAAUUGUUCCUGGCAUUAAAACUACUUAAAAGAUGUAACAUCCUACAUGCUGAUAUUAAACCAGACAAUAUUUUGGUGAAUGAAUCUAAAACCAUAUUAAAGCUUUGUGAUUUUGGAUCAGCUUCACAUGUUGCAGAUAAUGACAUCACACCAUAUCUUGUCAGUAGAUUUUAUCGAGCUCCUGAAAUUAUUAUAGGCAAAAUCUAUGAUUAUGGUAUAGAUAUGUGGUCAGUAGGCUGCACGUUAUAUGAACUUUAUACAGGAAAAAUACUGUUUCCUGGCAAAACCAAUAACCAUAUGUUGAAACUUGCCAUGGACCUCAAAGGAAAGAUGCCAAACAAGAUGAUCCGAAAAGGUGUAUUCAAAGAUCAACACUUUGAUCAAAAUCUCAACUUCAUGUAUAUAGAAGUAGACAAAGUAACAGAAAGGGAAAAAGUUACUGUCAUGAGCACCAUUAAUCCAACCAAGGACCUGUUAGCAGACUUGAUUGGGUGCCAACGACUCCCUGAAGACCAGCGGAAAAAAGUACAUCAGCUAAAGGACUUGUUGGACCAGAUCCUAAUGUUAGACCCAGCCAAACGGAUUAGCAUCAACCAGGCUCUGCAACACGCCUUCAUCCAGGAAAAAAUUUAAAUCCGAUGAAGAAGUCCAAAGGGUUUGAGUAGUUAAGAUACAAAGACUGAAGAAAUUUCACAGCAGUUUAUUAAUGUAUAUAAACAUAAAUAUUUCCCCUGCAAAGUUGAGGAAGGAUGAUAUAUUUGAAUUAACAUCAAGGCUGAUAUUUCUUUUAGAAAUGUUAGAGUAAUUCUGUUUGUGUCUUAUGUGAAAAUUUUCACUGUAGAACUGUUUUAAUUGCCAAGACUGCACACAAGUACAAUGCUAAUGUAUAUGGUUGCAGUUCAUAUAUUAUAAAAAAAAAAAAAAAGCUUGUUAUAAAAGAACAGUAAUACUGGGUGGUUGAUUUGUUCUUAGCAGACUUGGCUUCAUUUUUUGUCUUUAAAAAAUGGCCAGCAUAAAUGCUGUUUAUAUUCACAUUUUCCUAGGUGUGUGUGUGCAGGCCACAGCAGCAUGCCCUUGGUGUAGUCAGUGCCGAAGGGGGUCUGUUCCUUCUUGAGCCUGCCUGCAGGGAUGGUCUCCUCUUUUAAAGCAGGUUGUGUACAACUUUCAGUACACUGAAGGUAAGCUAAACCAUCAACAUCACCGGUGUUUAAGAUGUUAUUUUACUGGAACAACUGACAAAUGAGAGACAAUAGCUUUAUGGCAGAAUUCCCUGCAUGUUUGAUAAAUGAUGUUUUUAUUUUCUGGCAUUGCAACUGUGGCAUAGUUACGACUUCUGUUCUGUUCAUCACAUUUAAAAUUUGGAGAAUGCGCACUUGAUGGAUAGAGCGCCUUCAGUGUACUGUUCUUAUUACUUUAAUUUUUUUAAUCAACUUGCUAUAGACUUUGUAUACAUUUUGUUAAAUAUAGUUCACUAUGACAUAGAACCAAUACUUACAGAAGAGUUUUCAUUUACUAAUUACAUAUGUUGGAAUCUGAUUCUGAAAGACCUUAUAUCUAAAGGAUAGAUAGACAACAUAAUGAAAUUUUUAACUAUUUGUAUGUCAUUUUGAAAGUGUACUGCUUUAUGCUAAAAGUGUUUCAUUUGUUCAUUGUUUUCAUUAUUUGUGAUCAUGUUGUCUUUCAAUACAGGCAUAAACCUUCCACUCUUGAACAAAGCAGCUGCUUUUUAAAAGCGGUAAUUGCUUCUUUACCUUUUAUUUCUUUUGUAAAUGAAGCUUUUCUUUAAGAAAUGUGACAGUGUUGUCUCUUGCAUAAAACAGUUGACACUCACUUAUUGUAAAGUGAAGAUUGUUCUGCUGCAUGUAAAGUGGACCAUGCAGAUUUCUGUAUGUUUUCAGUAUGCAUCAUUAGAUAAUAAAGUCUUUUGUGAACAAGGCAUUUGUAGCCAUUUUUAAAAGAUUUUGUCUUCAGUGCUGGUAAAUCAGGUAAUACGUAAGAAGAAACCCUUCAUUUUUCUGUAAAUCCUUUAAUUAAAGGGAUUAUUAAAAGUUAUGAUCUUUGGAAGGCGAUAUUAGACUACAUUAAUUAGAUCUCUAAUUAUCAUCAUUGUAAAAGAAAGAAAACAAACCAAAAACCUACAGAUACUGUCUAUCUGCUUUCAUUGUUAUGAAAUUAUUCCUGUAGGAUAUAUGAUUCAAUUCAGGCUUUAACUAAUGUUUGUGCUAUUUUUCUCACUUUUCCUUUUGAUGGUGCUGAAAGAGAGAAAGGAAAGCGAGGCACAGGCCACUCUACGCCUACUCCAUGGGUCUGAUUUGAUGAGACACCAACUUCACCUUCCUAACAAGGCACAAACAUGCACACUUAGUGCAAUCAAGGAUGGAAAAUGAGACUAAGCAGUCAUUCUGCUGGUGGGGUGUUCCCCACCAAGGAGAUGUAAUGAACUACAAAGCAGGCAGGUGAUGGGUGAUGUUACAUACCUAUUUUGAACCUUCUACCUGUCUUUUCUCAGUUUUUAUUUUAAUUUUUAAUUAAAAGUAAAUCUGUUCCUACUUCAACAUGUGAAGUUUCUUGUUCAUACAGGAAAUAGAAUGCAGAUUUCACUCUUAGUGAAAUGAAGAACUAGAUACUUGUUAGUUAAUUCCACACAAAGAACUUUGCACUGUUUUGGUGACGCCUAUAACGUAUCCAGCACUUCUGGUGGCAAUUUUACACAGAUGUAGUGAAAUCCUAUUGUUUCUGUUGAUUUUGACCAUUAUUUUGUAUCCCUAUUUAAGAAUCAAGAAAUGAGUUGUCAACUCCAAUAGAAACAAUGCACAUUAUACCUACAGAACUUUUAAAAACUAUUCUAAAGAAGAAUAAAGUUGCUCGUUUACUUGUUCUUUGUGUUGUAGGUGCCGCUCAAAAGAAGAUGAUGACCACCAGAAGACAUGAACAAAGGGUAAGUGGCAGUAAACCUCUGAAGAACCUUUGAAUAUAUUGAUCCAUACGCAGAAGGCUGAUCAUUCUGUGAGAAUACAGGAGAUAUAACUUAAUCUUCUACAGUGUAUUAAGUCAUCGACUGUAACUCAUAGUUAUAGCAGCAAAUGUUCAAACUGGCAGUUGCUUCAAGUUAAUAAAAUAAGAUUUUGGAACUUA